AUGAAACGAGUAUAUCUGCUGUCUGGUGUAUCCGCGCUUCUCGCUGCGAGAGGAGCUGCCGCGCUACACGCAGUCAACGAUGGAUUCUCGUUACCACAUAACACAGACCUACAAUUCUCACAUAUGGGCAAAAUAUUUGGGCCAUACUCGGAACCACAAGCUAACGAUGCUGGGAAAUCGCCAGAAAACUUAGAGUCGACAACUACACCAGGAGCUAUCGAAUCCAAAGGGACAAAGGACGAUAUCCAGGGUGGAUCGGAACGAUCUAUGGACAAUGUUCCAGUAGCAGAUUUGAAGAAGGCAGACAGCAACGGGGGAAGUACGACAAACAAUGCAAAUACAAAUAAUACCGCAAAUACAACAAAUACGAACUCGACGCAUUCCGAUAAUAAUAGCAAACUGGAUCAAUCGCAAUCUUAUCACAGCGAAGUGAAGCAUGGUAACUCUAGCUAUACGGGGGACACAUCGACAAACGUGACUAACAACUUCUUUAACCCGCCAAUACGUGACGCAGCAUGGGAUGGUUACCCAAGAGAAGCAAGACUGGAACUCCAGUAUCUAUGGAAGAGAAUAAACCUUAUCGAUGACAAGCUAGGGAAUCUCGUGCCUUUAGCCGGAGGUGACCCACGGCUAAACCCAAACAAUCGCAAAGGACUCAUUAUCACAUUUGACGCACAGUCGGACCCAGAAAGUCCCACCGUAAGCCUCGACGAUAGAAAGGGCGACGAUUAUUUUUGA